AUGAGGAGGAAGCCCAAGCGGCCGGCAGUGGGAGAAGAUAGAGCGAGAUGGAUUUUGGCCAAGAUUCUGCAAAUGUUCUCAUCGAUGAAACAUUUGAUCUGCAUAUAGUUUUCUGUUUCCAAAACUAAAAUUGGUAACAAACAGAGUGGUAUGCGUUUCGUUUAGUGUACCCUUUGCCAAGGUUUCUAAAAAUUGCGAUGUUUAAAAGGAGUGCAAGAGCGGGCUUAUUGUUAUUGCACAUGCGCAGUUUAGAGUAGGCGUUCCCUAACGAAAAGAUGCAAAUAAAUUCUAAAACGCGCCAAUAGGAUCUCACUAGCUUGUGCUUGGCUCUGCCCACCUCCGUGCCUGUGCUGCAGACUAUGAUUAAUUUGCUCCAUUGGAAACGACAGGCUCUGGUCUAUCUUGGGUUAGUUAUAAAAAUCUUUCGUCCUACCUUCAGUUAUCACGGAAAAUCGUAUGAAUGCAAACAAAAGUUGUACGGAUUAUUCUCGUUUUUACAUCACAAGCAAUUCAUAUGCAUCUUCUUUUCAAAUCUCGGGGAUAUAUUAUUCAUGACGUUUGCGCUUUGUAGUUUGUAGACUGUCCGCAAAUUUGUACAUUCCGAGGAGGCUCUUCUUGACACUUCAUAUAGAGCUUGACAUAAUCAAAAUAUUACGUUUCACUUGGAAGAGGUUGAGUUGCAUCAGUGGCACCAGUGUUAGUGUAGAAAAUGUCUGACUCUAUUAUUUUAGCACUGAUAGUGUUUCUCAUCUUGUGUUUGAUUGUAACGGUGGUUGCAGCUGUUGUGUACUCUGGGCUGUUCAGUGAGGUCAAUAUCAAGACAGGGUCGCCUUCUAUCAAAAACGUUACUAUUGCCUACAAAUUCCAUAAAGGACCGCAUAAAGACUGUGGUGCAGCCUUCACAGAGACUGUCAGUAUUGGGCCAAAGCUCAAAACCAUCCGUGUGUCCUACGAUGACUCCACAGAGGUGCCCGAUGACCAGUGCCGCUACAUCAUUGGCAGUAUCCUGAGCGAGGGAGAUGAAAAGCCUGACGAAGAGCUCCAGAAGCUGUAUGAGAAGUUUGGCUUCAAUGUGCUGUCCUUCCCCGAGGUGUCCCUAGCUGUGACCACCACCUUCCCCUCCACCACCCCCCUGUCCCACUGGCUGGCACCCUUCAGAGUCUACCCCGAACUCCGCAACUACAUCAUGGAGAGGCAACUCCAUGCCUGGCCAUUCAUUGAGAUCAAUACAGGGGACCUAACGCACUACAUUGCUCCGCUGUCCUCCCAGAGCGGCUUCCACCACACUGGUUUCGUUGUGCCCGAGCUCGUCACACAGACAGCGGCCAAGACACCGGUGACAGAGGAGUCCUUGGACCAGGCCAGAGGGACGGAUAUUUCAGGUGCAGAGUCCCAUAGUGAUGUCAGCAGCAAGCUGAGCAGCCAGGCGCAGUCAAAGAGCACAGAGACGUCUCUGGCCCCGUCCUCCGCCUCCUCUCUGCCCCACAGGGACCAGGGGGACGGGGUCGAACAGGGGCAGGGUGGAGAGCACAGGGAGCCAAGUGAAAAGGGGCAUGGGGACAGGGGCUCCAGCGAGUCAGUGGGCAGCGGCUCUUCCUUUGAGGAACUGGACUUGGUGGAAGAGAUGGUGGAGGAGCUGGAGAGAGAGUUGGGGAGGGAGGAGGAAGGCCCCACAGUGAAGGAAGAAGCCAGGGAAGCCCCAGUAGAGGCUGUAGCUGAGGAGAGGGAGCCCGUAGGGGAUGGAGAGGAGUAGAAGAGGAUGGAUGGAGCAAACUCCUCAGGUUUGAUCCUUUUAAGGUGGGAGUGAGAUUUCUUCAGCUAUCUUGUCUUUUAUGUCAACUUGUUGGUGGAUCUGUAGCCAUAAUAUUUAUCAUGACAGACAUGACAUCUAUUUCUGGACCUUUUGAACUUUCCUGUAUGUUAAACUGUAAUGUCUGAGUGAUAAUGACAAAACAAAUAUGGGUUGAUCAACAUUAAACAGAACUGUUGUAGGAGAUGAUACAUUCACCAGUAGAAAUUGAUACACUCUUUGAGGGGACAAAAAUGUUACAAAAUUGUUACAAUAUACUUGUGGGACUGAUGAAAGUCAAUAUUUCUUUUGAUUGAAGUAUUUAAAUGUUAGUAACAUUGUGUCAAUAUGUUUAAUCAUCUCCCAUCAUAGUAGGCACACAUUUUAUGUAAGAUCAUUUGUUUAAAUAUAAAUAAUUGAAUAUACUGUAUUUAAUCGAAUACAGUAUAGUUUUAGACAGUGGUCACCAAUCGGUCGAUCGAUGCAUUCCUAGUUGAUCAUCUAACUGAAAAGCCAACGAUAAAGUCUAUGACAAAGGCUGCCACUCCUUUUUUUGUGUGUGUGUUGUGCUGUUGGUGGUACAGUAGGUCCACUUGAUUCAGAAGCCCUGUGCGCCGGGGAGGAGAAGUGUUCCCAUUUUUAACCAUUUAAUUUGUCUGAAAAGACUAACUCCGCCUACCCUGUGGACCGUGAGAUCUGUGGCUAAAUCAAGUGUGCCUACUGACUGACCAAUCGGAUAGCUCAAAUCAUGUACCUACAGCUUCCAGGACCCCGGCCACAGUAGUUUUAUACUAGCCUACAUGAGAUUUCAUAUAAUUUAAAACAAUGACCAUAGAGAGACUAUCAAAUCAUACAGCAAAUAGCUGAUGUUUUUAUGUGUGAGGUCAUGUCCAAGUUUGUAUUCCGCACUGUCAACACUGUUUUUAUUCAACGCUAUUACAAAACAUAAAACACGCUUCCCCCUGCUUCCAUUCUCAAUGCAGCUGCAAUGAAUGAGCAGCCAAGUGUAUCGAUGCCCUGUGGUUUUAUUAUUAUUUGCAUCUCAUCAUGUCUAUUUUAAUAUCAAGGAAUAUUUCACUUUCUCUGGUCAUAGGAACAACAUGAGUUUGUGCAUGAGGCAGAUGCAGUGUGACUCGACUUUUGCCAUCAGGUGGAAGAUGUUUUCCUGUUUCCCAAUUUCAUGUAAUGGACAUAUACAAAAUAUUCAAAAUUUGUGAAAUUAAAUGAAAAAAAUUACUUGUUUCAAAAAAUUAAAACAAUUAAGUGGUGCGUGUAUACGUAUUCACCCCCUUUGCUAUGAAGCCCCUAAAUAACAUCUGGUGCAACCAAUUACCUUUAGAAGUCACAUAAUUAGUUAGAUUGCACACAGGUGGACUUUUUUUAAGUGUCACAUAGUCUGUCACAUAAUCUCAGUAUAUAUACAACUGUUCUGAAAGGCUCCAGAAUCUGCAACACCACUAAGCAAGGCACACCACCAAGCAAGUGACAACAUGAAGACCAAGGAGCUCUCCAAACAGGUCAGGGACAAGUU